AUCAAAAGGGUCCUCUUUCUGUCGAGAAGAUUGCGAAGCGUGUCAAGAUGAAGCAGGCACCAGAGACCCUCGGCAGCACGAACGGGAAGUCCCAGAACUGUGAAGUGAAUCGCGAAUGUUCCGUGUUCCUCAGCAAAGCCCAGCUCUCUACCAGUCUACAGGAGGGGGUCAUGCAGAAGUUCAACGGCCACGACGCACUUCCCUUUAUUCCAUCCGAGAAGCUGAAGGACCUAACGUCCCGUGUGUUUAAUGGCGAGCCUGGUGCUCAUGAUGCCAGAUUGCGCUUUGAGUCCCAGGAAGUGAAGGCGCUCGGGACGCCGCCCAGCACCACCCCCAUCAAAAACGGCUCUCCGGAGAUUAAGCUGAAGAUCACCAAAACGUACAUGAAUGGGAAACCUCUCUUUGAAUCUUCGAUUUGUGGGGACAGUGCUGCUGCCGUGUCCCAGUCGGAAGAACACGGACAAAAACCGGAAAACAAGGCCAGAAGGAACAGGAAACGGAGCAUAAAGUACGACUCCUUGCUGGAGCACGGUCUUGUUGAGGCAGCGCUGGUGUCCAGGAUCUCGAGUCCCUCCGACAAAAAGGUUGCGGCUAAGAAAGAGUCCUGUCCAAAUACUGGCAGAGACAAAGACCACCUGUUGAAAUACAGUGUUGGCGACUUGGUGUGGUCCAAAGUGUCCGGUUACCCUUGGUGGCCGUGCAUGGUUUCUGCUGACCCACUCCUUCACAACUACACCAAACUUAAAGGUCAGAAAAAGAGUGCACGCCAGUAUCACGUACAAUUCUUUGGUGAUGCCCCAGAAAGAGCUUGGAUAUUUGAGAAGAGCCUUGUAGCUUUUGAAGGAGAAGGACAGUUUGAAAAAUUAUGCCAGGAAAGUGCCAAGCAGGCACCCACGAAAGCUGAGAAAAUUAAGCUGUUGAAACCUAUUUCAGGGAAAUUGAGGGCCCAGUGGGAAACGGGCAUCGUUCAAGCAGAAGAAGCUGCAAGCAUGUCGGUGGAGGAGCGGAAGGCCAAGUUCACUUUCCUCUACGUGGGGGAGCGGCUUCACCUCAACCCUCACGUAGCUAAGGAGGCAGGCAUUUCUGUGGAGGCUCCGCCUCUGGGACCCAUGGUGGAGCCCUCAGGAGUCCCCGAGGAAGCUGCUGCUGACCCCAAGUCCAUGCGAGAAGAGGGCGUUCCCGUCAAGAGAAGGCGGAGAGUGAAGCUGUCCAGCUCUGCCGAAAACCGAGCGGGUGACCCUGGGACAGUACAGAGUACUCCUCAAAAGAUGGCAGACGCCGACCCCAGGAGAGGAGUCGGGUCUCCUCCUGGGAGGAAGAAGGCCACGGCCUCCGCUCCACGAAGCAGGAAGGGAGACGCGGCAUCCCAGUUUCUGGUCUUCUGUCAGAAGCACAGGGAUGAGGUGGUCGCAGAGCACCCGGACGCCUCGGCCGAGGAGGUCAAAGAGCUGCUCGGCUCCCAGUGGGACAUGCUCAACGAGAAGCAGAAGGCGCGCUAUAACACCAAGUUUGCCCUCGUGGCCUCUCCCCAGUCUGAAGAAGACUCCGGUAACCUAAAUGGGAAAAAAAGAAACCAUACCAAGAGGACUCAGGACCCUCCUGAAGACGUUGAAAUUGAAGACGCACCCAGGAAAAGACUCAGGACCGACAAGCACGGUCUCCGGAAGAGAGAGACGGCGAGUGACAAGACGGCCCGAACAGGUUCUUGCAAGUCCAUGGAGGCCGCCACCUCGCUGAAGAGCCAGGCAGCAACGAAACACCUGUCUGACGCAUGCAAACCACUGAAGAAGCGAAAUCGGGCGUCUGCAGCAGCGUCGUGCGCUCCUUUUAGCAAAAGUUCAUCUCCUUCUGCGUCCCUAACUGAGAAUGAGGUGUCGGACGGCCCGGGAGACGAGCCCGCCGAGUCCCCGUACGAGAGCGCCGACGAGACCCAGACCGAAGCGUCCGUCUCCUCCAAGAAGUCUGAGCGGGGCGUGGCCGCCAAAAAGGAGUACGUGUGUCAGCUGUGCGAGAAGCCGGGCAGCCUCCUGCUGUGCGAGGGGCCCUGCUGCGGAGCCUUCCACCUCGCCUGCCUCGGGCUGGCCCGGAGACCCGAAGGGAGGUUCACCUGCAGCGAGUGUGCCUCAGGGAUUCACUCGUGUUUCGUGUGUAAGGAGAGCAAGACCGACGUCAGGCGCUGCGUCGUGUCGCAGUGCGGGAAGUUCUACCACGAAGCGUGUGUGAGGAAGUACCCUCUCACCGUGUUCGAGAGCCGAGGCUUCCGCUGCCCCCUGCACAGCUGCGUGACCUGCCACGCGUCCAACCCUUCCAACCCCAGGCCCUCGAAAGGGAAAAUGAUGCGGUGCGUCCGCUGCCCCGUCGCCUACCACGGAGGGGACGCUUGUCUGGCGGCCGGCUGCUCCGUGAUCGCUUCCCACAGCAUCAUCUGCACAAGCCAUUUCACUGCCCGGAAGGGGAAGCGGCAUCACGCUCACGUGAACGUGAGCUGGUGUUUCGUGUGCUCCAAAGGGGGAAGCCUGCUGUGCUGUGAGUCCUGCCCGGCGGCCUUCCACCCCGACUGCCUGAGCAUCGAGAUGCCCGACGGCAGCUGGUUCUGCAACGAGUGCCGAGCCGGGAAGAAGCUGCACUUCCAGGACGUCGUCUGGGUUAAACUGGGGAACUACAGAUGGUGGCCGGCAGAAGUUUGCCAUCCCAAAAAUGUUCCCCCAAAUAUUCAGAAAAUGAAGCACGAGAUUGGAGAAUUCCCUGUGUUUUUCUUUGGGUCUAAAGAUUAUUACUGGACGCAUCAGGCGCGAGUGUUCCCGUACAUGGAGGGGGACCGGGGCAGCCGCUACCAGGGGGUCAGAGGGAUCGGAAGAGUCUUCAAAAACGCACUGCAGGAAGCUGAAGCUCGUUUUCGUGAAAUCAAACUUCAAAGGGAAGCCAGAGAAACGCAGGAGAGUGAGCGCAAGCCCCCGCCGUACAAGCACAUUAAGGUGAACAAGCCCUAUGGGAAAGUCCAGAUCCAUACGGCCGACAUCUCCGAGAUCCCCAAGUGCAACUGUAAGCCCACCGACGAGAACCCCUGCGGCUUCGACUCGGAGUGUCUGAACCGGAUGCUGAUGUUCGAGUGCCACCCGCAGGUGUGCCCCGCGGGCGAGUACUGCCAGAAUCAGUGCUUCACCAAGCGCCAGUACCCCGAGACCAAGAUCAUCAAGACGGACGGCAAAGGGUGGGGCCUGGUCGCCAAGCGGGACAUCAGAAAGGGAGAGUUCGUGAAUGAGUACGUCGGUGAGCUGAUUGACGAGGAGGAGUGCAUGGCGAGGAUCAAACACGCACACGAGAACGACAUCACACACUUCUACAUGCUCACCAUAGACAAGGACCGGAUAAUUGAUGCUGGCCCCAAAGGAAACUACUCCCGGUUCAUGAAUCACAGCUGCCAGCCCAACUGUGAGACCCUCAAGUGGACGGUGAACGGGGACACUCGCGUGGGCCUGUUUGCCGUGUGCGACAUCCCCGCAGGGACGGAGCUGACCUUCAACUACAACCUCGACUGUUUGGGUAACGAGAAGACAGUCUGUCGGUGCGGGGCCUCCAACUGCAGCGGGUUCCUUGGGGACAGACCAAAGACCUCGACGUCCCUUUCUUCAGAGGAAAAGGGCAAAAAGACCAAGAAAAGAACGAGGAGGCGGAGAACCAGAGGCGAAGGGAAGAAGGAGUCCGAGGACGAGUGUUUCCGCUGUGGGGACGGCGGCCAGCUGGUGCUGUGUGACCGCAAAUCCUGCACCAAGGCCUACCACCUGUCGUGCCUGGGCCUGGGCAAGCGGCCCUUCGGGAAGUGGGAAUGUCCUUGGCACCACUGUGACGUGUGUGGCCGACCUUCCACGUCAUUCUGCCACUUCUGCCCCAACUCAUUCUGCAAGGAGCACCAGGACGGGGCGGCCCUCGGCUCCACGCGGGACGGGCGGCCAUGCUGCUGCGAGCAUGACCUGGGGGCCGUGUCGGCCCGGAGUGCCCAGACUGGGAAACCCUUUCCGGAACCCAGCAAGUCCAAGGGGAAGAGGAAGAGAAGGAGGUGCUGGCGGAGGGUCACGGAAGGCAAAUAG